CUCUCUGUGUCUCGCGUCAAAUCUUGGAACCUAACCCUAGUCUCUCCUAAACCCAGGACUGUUAAGAUUUCAUUUGAUCCCUCUUUUCUCCUUAGAUAUAUGUGAAAAUUCUGUUUUUACUCUCCUUCCUUUUAAAUUGGCCUGCUUACAUCUUCUUUGAUCUGCCUUUGACUCGGUUCCGAUUUGAUCACAAAGACUUUUGAGGGACGAAAGAUUAAAGGAGGGUUGUUGCACUUGCACACAUUAUUUCAAGAAGUGGGUUUGUGUUGAAAGGAAGAAGAGGGAUGCAGAAGGCAAGCGGGGGGGAAGAACAGCAUUAAGGACUUGGAAUGUCAGUAUAACAGGCAUAAUAUAUGUGCCUUUGCCGUUUGCCGAUUCAUUUUUCAAAGGCCUAAACUUUAGAUCUGGGAAGAAACAUUCUACCUGCACAGUCUAGUGGCUAAUAGGAAAGCUGCUAUUUCAGAAUAGGCCAUUAGCUCAUCCACAUCUUUCAUGUGCAAAAUAUAACUGCGACUCCUUCCCUGACUUUUCGGUUGCUGCCUUGAUUCUUCAGAUACCUGACAAGCCUCCUCUAUGUUCUAGAUUGAGUUUUCCUCCAUCUUGAGCUAAGUAGUUAAAUGCUAUUUAGCUUGUAGCAUUUAGGAGGAUCCUGAUUUUGUUAGUAUAAUAUAUAUAUCAGCAAGAUAUGGUUUUGUAGCUUGCAAGGUGAGGAUGGCCUUGAAUACAGAAGAGGAACAAACAGAGGAUUACCUUUUCAAGAUUGUUUUGAUUGGUGAUUCAGCUGUUGGUAAAUCAAACUUGCUUGCUAGAUUUGCUAGAGAUGAGUUUUAUCCUAAUUCAAAAUCUACAAUAGGAGUAGAAUUUCAGACCCAGAAGGUGGAAAUUAAUGGGAAGGAAGUUAAGGCACAAAUCUGGGACACAGCUGGCCAGGAGCGGUUUAGGGCUGUUACAUCUGCAUACUAUAGAGGUGCAGUUGGAGCGCUUCUUGUCUAUGACAUCAGCAGACGCCAGACAUUUGAAAGCAUCGGCAGAUGGCUUAAUGAACUUCAGACUCACUCGGACAUGAAUGUGGUGACGAUAUUGGUGGGCAACAAAUCUGAUCUGAAAGAUGCUCGGGAGGUGACUACUGCCGAAGGCAAGGCGUUGGCCGAGGCACAGGGUCUGUUCUUCAUCGAAACUUCAGCUCUAGAUUCCUCCAAUGUUAGUUCCGCCUUCGAAACGGUAGUGAGAGAGAUAUAUAACAUCUUAAGUAGGAAAGUUAUGCAAUCACAAGAACUCAAAGUAAAAGAUACCGAGUGUUUGACAAAUGCAAAAACGGUAGUUUUACAGCCCGAGGGGAACCAGGAAGCAGUUGAACAGAGUAAACAAGGUGGGUGUUGCUCAUCAUGAUUGUGUCAUUUUUCUUGUUUUCAUUGAUUCUCUUAAAGCCCUUCCACAUGUUUAGUUUGUAACUCUAUUAAAAAGAUGUAGCCGACAUUUUUGCUUUGUUGUUGGGAGUAUUUGGGUCAGAACCCACAGGAGAAUCUGAGGACGACAUUGUAUAUCACGCACGACUUUAAUUGGUUUAGCAAUUUUUCAACUCGAGUAAAAUGUUCUUGUCCCC